ACCCCUCUCCGUGCAAGCCUGCCACCUUCGCUUCAAUUUGGGCAGCUUUUUAGGCUCCGGGCCAAGCACGACGAACACCCGCCCCCGGGCCGGGCAGGGCAAGGCAGGGAGCCCGGCGCUGAGUCAUGGCGGCGCCGCCUCACGACUCCGGCCUUUCACGCCGCGCUCCCGCUCCGUGACUCACGGCGCCCGCCCCCGCUCGGCCGUGAGGGGAGGAGCGGCGGCGGCGGGGGGCGGCCGAGCCGCGUACAAAGCCCCGCCGCCGAGGUGGAAGCGGUGCCGGUGGGCUUGAGGGGAAAGGCUGUGUGGUGUGUGUAGAGGUGGGGGGCGUCCUCAGCCCCAUGGAGGAAGCCGGGGAGCUGCUGGCCCGCUGCCCCACCGCUGGGCUGGGCGUCACGGUGUGCGCCGCUGCCGCCGGGCUGCUGCUGUACCGCAUCGCCAGGAGGAAGAAGCCCACGCACGUGACAGUGAACUGCUGGUUCUGCAACCAGGACACGGUGGUGCCAUAUGGGAAUCGCAACUGCUGGGACUGCCCCAACUGCGAGCAGUACAACGGCUUCCAGGAGAAUGGAGACUACAACAAGCCCAUCCCUGCCCAGUACAUGGAACACCUCAACCAUGUUGUGUCAGGUGCUACAACGUUCUGCGAUCCUACCAAGCCGCAGCAGUGGGUGAGCAGCCAAAUUUUGCUGUGCAAGAAAUGCAACAACCAUCAAACCACCAAGAUCAAACAGCUCGCUUCAUUCUCACCAAGGGAGGAGGGCAAAUAUGAUGAGGAGAUUGAGGUGUAUAAGCACCACCUGGAGCAGACCUACAAGCUGUGCCGUCCAUGCCAGGCUGCCGUGGAGUAUUACAUAAAGCACCAGAAUCGGCAGCUGCGGGCGCUGCUACUCAGCCACCAUUUCAAACGCCGUGAGACAGACAAGACCUAUGCUCAGAAUUUGUGUUCAUCCUCCUCUACUUCCAUAACUAUACCAGCUCAGGUGAUAUUUCUGCGGUUCUUGGCCUUCCUCAGCUGUGCGUUCCUUGUCCUGAUGGCCUUGUAUGGGUCGGGUGACCCCUUCUCACUCAGUGCUGCAGUCCCUGCUCCUGUCUCCUAUAGUCCAGCAGCUGUUCAAAAUAGGACUGGCACGAGCUCACGUGCAGACUUGGAAAAUGACACUUCCCUGACAGUGGCAGGCUGGCGGGAGCUGCUCCAACUGCUCCCAGAACAGCUGGUGGAGAACCUGAGCGCCGCGUGGGCUUACGGGAAGAAUCAUCAGAUGGCAGUCGCUGUCCUUGGGUUGUUCACCUGCCUCUUGGCAAUGUUCUUGGCUGGGCGGAUCAGGCUCCGAAGAAUUGAUGCGUUUGCUUCGGUCUUGUGGUUCGUAGUGAUGGGUCUGCACUUAGCUGAGAGGUACCUGAAGACAGAAACGCCCAGCUGGCUAGACACAGCCAAAUUUGGCACCACCUCCCUGUGCUGCUUGGUGGGCUUCACUGCAGCAGUGGCAACGCGGAAAUCAACGGGCCAUCGGAGAUACCGGCCCCGAAGGUACCUCUCCGGGGAUUCGAUUACUCUGUUUUCCAACGGCACUGGGACUGGCUUCCCUUCCUCCGCUACGUCUCUCUUUGUCCCAACACCUCCCAGUAUUCUCCAGCUGACAAACCAGCAGCUCUUCAGAUCCCCACGCAGGACUUCUUCUUCCUCUCUUCCUGGACGUCUCAACAGGGCACUCUCCCUGGGUACCAUCCCCUCCUUGGCCAGAGCAGAUUCUGGCUAUUUGUUCAGCGGAAGUCGACCGGCCUCACAGUCAUCUCAGUCCAAGGAAUCUCCUACAUCAGACCACUUCUCCAUGCUGUCAGGCAGCUGUGCUCCCUCCCGCAUCCCCUCUCCAGCACCAUCAGUGGCUGGCUCUGUGACUUCCAGCUCAGGUUCCUUGCGAUAUCGCCGGCCGCUCAUCAGCCCUGCCCGCCUGAACCUGAAAGGACAGAAGCUGCUGCUUUUCCCAUCUCAGAAUGAGGCCCUGCUCACCCCAACGAGCUCUGACGAGCACAGCCACUCAGACAGCAACAUCUUUGCCACGGAGCUGUCCUCUUUUCCGAAGAAGAACCUCAGCGAGCGGGGAAUGCAUGAUAUGAGAUCUGCUGUGGAAGGAGGGAGUAUUUGCAGCGAUAAUUCCAUCAAAAAGGAGGAUCAUUCAUCACACUCAUCUACCUGUGUGGUAGACACAACUACCAAAGGGGAAGAUUUGGCAGGCUGGAGAGGUCAUUUUGGUAACUCCGCUCUCCGAGGUCUGCUAGCUGUGAGUCUGACUCUCAAUGCUAUCUUCACAUCAGCCUAUGUCUACCGGAGUCUGCGCUGAUUUGUGCCAACACUUCCUUUCUUGCUGGCCCCACCUGCUUCUGAGAAGACUCUGACAAGAAGAAUUCAACCACGGCUUCAUGUCUAAUGGCUGUGCCACUGGUGCAUGCUGUUACUUUUUUUCUUUUUUUUUUUUUUAUAUAACCACUGUAUGCUCAGCUGUCAUGACAAGGAACCUAAGUAGCUGCUGCCGUCACUUCCGGGUAGAACAUAUCACAAGACUGUCCCUGGAGGUGGGAAGCAGGACUCCCAGAAGGCCCUAGUUCAAAGCCAGAUGCUGGUCAAAUGGCCCAUGCGCUUUCUUUCGAAGGAACUGACCUGAGACGUGAGCCUGAAAAGGUGCAAGCUAUACUUUUAGGAACUUCCCCCAGCUCUUCUUCCUGACAUAUUAACCUCAUGCUGAUGGUGCUGGUAAAAUGAGCAUUAGAACAAUGAGCUGGAGAAGAGGCUUAGUAGUUGGUGCUGGGCUUUGGCUACACCAUUCCCAGCCUCUUUGCUCAGUGGUUCCUUUUCUCUUCCCUUUGGCACUCUCCUCUCAACAGUUGAUGAACUUUUCUUUAGUUGCCUUAAUCUUGCCUGAUCACGUGUGACCUGACUGCCCUGUCAUAUUCUUAUCUGACCACGUGCUUCCACCUGGGCUCUGCCCUGAGGCCACUCUCACCAGUUGCUUUUCUGGUCUUACUGGUUGACAGAAGCUGCUCUCUGUGCAUACUUCCAGCCAGCACUGUUGCUCUAGGGAUGCACAAACCUAAAACAGACAUCUUUUGUGGUUUGCAGUAGAAAAAGGAAAGCUAUGUUUUGCUUUGCCCAGGAGGCAUUAAUCCUGUUGUAAAAGGAUCCCCACAUGAUUUGCACCAUAGUCAAAGGGCUUCAGCUCACAACUCCAACUGCUGGUGUUUUCACUGAAGCAUGGAGUGGCACAUCCAUAGUUCUUGCUGUAAAUCGCACAAAUCUAUUCUGUUAGGAGGUGUAUGAGGAGCUGUCUGAUUGUAUACAUUUCUACAUAAACGUAGCUCCUAAGUCUGAUGUUGGGCUUUGCCAAGUAACCGUUGAAGGUAUUUCUUAGAUGCCAAUGUGCUCUCAGUGAGAGAUGCCAGACCUGCUUCUGAAUGGUUUCACGCUGUUAGCUUUUCUAACCCAAAGAAAACAGCCCUAGGUUUUCAAAAAGCAGCUUAUAAUUUGAGUGCUUCCACUUUCAGGUGAGUCAUCAGCAUGGCUUAGUAUUCAGGGGCCAUUUGGAGUAUCAUGCUGAAUGCUCUAAGUGAUUUAGCGUAUCUUAGGAAACAAAAAUAACGAUCUUUGUCUUUAUUCUUAAGUUCCGAAUGCAGAGAGGAGAAUUACCAACAUGCCAAGGACACUGGUGAAAAGAGAACUGACAUUAGCUACGUAUUUCCUGAAGCAGGACUGACUGUUAAAAGAGUUUUUAUAUCGUCUCUUCCUUCGAGCUCCUUUACCUCAAACAUCUUUUCUCUUUCCUUUCCCCUCAUCCUGUUGUCCAGUGUUUGUACCUUGAAUUACAGUGUUACGCUUCCUGUGUCUCUUCCUCUCAGUCCUGCUGCUGUUCCCUUUGUUGCACUCUUGCAUGUGCACAGAGAUACAGCAUAUCUGUGCUGAUGACUCUCUAUCCUGAAGUUCACACCUCACAAUUCACAAGAGUGAUGAUCACCCUUCCUUUCACUUCAUUUCUUUUCUUGCAUGUUUUUAUGGAGUUCUUACCACAGCCUCACUUAACAGAUCACAUGAGCAAUCAGCAGUCAGCACGCAGUAUAAGAGUAAGUGGGACUUACUGCUGGUGAUUCAAUCUCUGAAAAAUUAAAUCUCUCUGUCUCUUCCAUUUCUUCCAGCACCGUUUUAGCAGCUCACUUCCAGCCACGGCACCCCAUCCUCCCUUGGUAGCGAGGCUGGUUGUUGCCUGCUUACUGUGCAUGCACAGGACAGACCUCUGGCCACACGUGCUAACUGAGAGAGCAUGGAGAUGUUGUUCCUGGCUCUGCAUCUUUCUCUCAAGUUGCUCAAAAUGUUGGCAAAGGGCUGCACAGCCAGCACCUCCUGUGCAAGGCCUAGAUCCAGGAUAGAGACCCACAGCAGAAAGAGCUGGAUGUGCUCAGGUUGAUGGUUAAUUCUUUUGUAUCUUGCAUGCAUUGUUACUCGUAGCUGAACCUGCCCCACAACAUUGCUGUUACAAGACUUUUGUCCCCUUUCUAGACUUGUGCAGACUCACUGGAGCAUGUGUGUAGGCAAGAUGCUAGCAGACCUACUUACAAGCUUUCCCUUAGACCUGUGCUGUAUGAGUUUGACGUUGUCCUGGUGUCCUGUGUGUGACAUCCCAUCUACGGAUCCUUGUCCUGACUUCCAGCAUAGCCAGGGGCCGCCUAUGCAGAGACAAGCCUGCCAGAGAAUAUAGUGGUUUUGCUUGUCUUUAUUAUGCCAACAGAUGUGCACUGUGAUUUCAUGUAUGCAAGUUUUCCACUUUCACCCCGUCUGCACCGAGUUCACUUACUGUCGCACACACCCGGGGCCCAAUUUGGUCUCUGUCUCUACCAGAUUGCAAUAUAGAAAUUCCCCUCCUCUCCAGCAACCAAGGAGCUGCAGCCUCUCAACACACCUCUUCUUGCCCAUAAUCCGCAGCAGGAAUUCUUUAAGCUGUUUGAAUCCGCUCGCUGAAACUGUUCUUGGAUGAGCAUUUGGUGACCUUGUCCAAAGCAAUAUAAAGACUUUGGAUUUUAUUGCUGAAGAGGGAAGACAACCAACUUUUCAUCCUGGUGCUAGAAUACACUCCAGUGGUGCUUUCACAGAUGUGAAGCCUUUGCUUGAGUAGUACCCAAGAGUUAUGUGUGUGUAUGUGUGUGCGUGCGUGCAUAUGUAUAAAAACAUUUGGAGGGUUUCUUCAUUUCAAAAGAUCUGAGCCCGCGUUUGUCUUUAUAUUGUUGGCCUUAAUCUAGCUCCUAGAUACCAUGUCUAUCUCGCUGCUGUUUUCUGUAUGAAGCUGGUUUGGAGGAAAUUAAAGAUUAGCUGGUCCCCCUGUAAAGAUCUUCUUGACUGGUGAUGCUGAUCUUCAUACAGUGUUGUUUGGGGGUGAAAUUUAUUUUUCUAAUAUUUUUCCUACUGUAAAAAUUGUUGGAGUGUAUGGAAUGGAAAAGAUUUUUAUGAAAUGGUCUGUCUGAUAAAGAUUUGAGUGUUACUUAAUAAAAGCCACGGUUAAUCAUCGUGUGGGACAUAAAUGAGCUCCAUUUCCAGACCUUUUCCAUUCCCUGCCUUCCUCUGAAAAUGCCCAGGUAGUUUUUUUUGGGGCUAUGGACUUGUUAGGCACGUUAUGAGACCAUGCAGAGACUUUUGGUGAUUUUACUGUUCUGAAUUAGAAAGAAUUUGGAUUUUAGAGUCUGGUUCCAGUUCUGUAGUCUGGGUAGUAUGGCAGAUGCCAUGAAUAUUAUACACAUAUCUAUUUGAUGGGAAAGAUAGAACAAGUUGCUGAUUUCAGAAAGUUGUCAUUAUUUUACGUAAAAGCUUAGACAUGAAAUUGGUCACUGUGGCAACGUGGGAAAAAAAUUAUUGCUGGGGUCCAUAGGCCAGAUUCACUGGAAUUUUGCCUGUCUGCUCAAGCAACAAAUUUGGCCUGUGAAUGUUUUAUUCCCACUCCUUCUUGAGCAAUGGGAAUUUCUACAAAACACUGCUGAACUGACUGGGUUCCUUAAAACAGGGCAGCUGAAAUUAAGGGCUUGUGUGGCCUGUGGAUGCUGCUAUAUUUUUUUUCUUCCAAGUACCAUUCCUGGAAAUAACUAUUGUCUUAACCUCUAUCAUAGACGUUUGUUAGAAGGCUAGAAAGGGCCAAUUUGGCCAAUACAUUUAUAUUUUAAUGUUCAUAUAUAUAUAUAUAUAUAUAUGCCACAACCAGAAGUGAUCAUCACUGUUAUGAAUGGAAUGGGUAUGGAGAGAGGGUGUGGAGGACAAUUUUGAGUCCUAAACUUUAUUUCCUGUGACAGAAAUACUGUAUGUCAUGUGUGUGUACUUGUUCGGGGAGCUCUAACACUGUACAGUUUAGUUAAAUUGUGCUCCGGGGGAGAAACUGUUCCUUGGAGGUUUUUAGUUCAUGCUUUGUGUUUAAAGAGGAAUAUUUUUCUUUAAAAAAUAAAAUGGAAAAGUUUUCACCAUA